UUUGAGAUCCUUCAGAGGACUGUACCAGUUUGGAAUUUGUUGUCAUGACAGCCAUAAUCAUGUUUGAUGGUCUCUGAUGUUGCUAGGGUAAUGCUGGACUAUGGCUAGGCGUAGUAACCAAUUUGUUCAAAUGCUUUUGCUUUCAUCAUUAUUCUAUAUACUGUAUAGCCAUUGCAUUGAAUUGUGGAUCUUGCAUUAAAAAGGACGAUUUUGUGUAAGAUUUGUGGCAUAUAAAAAUAGAAUCACAGUUUGGUUGAGGUUGAGUGGAUUUGCUGAGUGAUUCAGUAUUUUAAUUAAGACUAUGGUGGCCAGUAUAGGCUAAAAAUGAACGAUUUGUAGUUUUUGAAUAUCACUUUUACUCAAAAAGGCCAUGGAAGCUUAACCACCGUUUUGGUUUAGGCGUGCACGGAAACCAAGAAAUGAAAGUCUACUCCGCCCUAAAGUGCUUCACAUCAAUUCAAAACUCAGCCCAUUUCCAAACUGAGCCAACCUGUUGAACGUCAGUGAAAAGGGUGUUGGCCUCAGUCUUCCCUAAAUCAAUAGACAGACUCUGGUGCCAACAAAGGUUUACGAUAAGUUGUCCGUCUUUUAUUCUACGGCUAUUCUACACGUGUGAAAAGGUUAGAAGGUAUGCAGUCAGCGAUGGCAAGGAUGUUUGCAGCAAUCUUUUUCACACUUGUGUCCUUUGUACUGGCAGAGGAACGUGGACCAGACAAAGUGGAAGAUGACCCUUUCACUUUCGACUACUACAGACUUCGCGUUGGCGGUCUGAUCCUGGCUGCAGUCUUGUGCCUGAUUGGAUUCACCAUUCUUCUGAGUGGGCGCUGUAGAUGCAAGUUCAACCAGGACAAGAGGAGAAGGGCAGGAAGCAGUGCUGCUGGGCAACAGAUGCUCAACGACGCAGCUCGGGCCAGUGAAUGCUAGACGGAUAUCAGUGAUCGAAGUACAGCAUCUGGGACACUCAGCAGUCCGAAAAGGAAGGAUUGCCAUGUUUCUUUUUACAGUUUCAUCACUUGAAUAUGGUGGAAUUUUCUAAUUGGAGUGAAAGGUGUAUCCAUCACACAAAAGUGUCAAGUUGUUCCUUCUUGCGCAUGCUCCAUCCUUACUUUGUUUUUUUCAGCUGUGGUUUGAAAGAUAGCGGGGAAAAACUGCAUAUGGUAGACAUGUGAUUACCAAAAAACAUUCUGAACUCACUUGCAUUGUCAUGUUAAGGCCUUUAAUGUGUAUAUAUAUAUAAAUAUAAAUGUGUGUGUAGUCUAGACCCAGUUGAGAACACAUGUUAGUGUGCUUGAAGAUGUCACUGCAUUCUUAAUGAGUCGAUGGUACCCUAGUAUUUUGAUUUCAUGUUUCUAAGGGUUCAGUCAAGAUUAACAACAAUACGGUUACAGAUUUCAUAGACUUGCUGAUAUGUUUGCGCCGCACUGUCACUACGGCUUUGCAAAUGAAAAUGUGCACAGCAUAGAUGUCUUUGUUUUUUUAGAUGUUUUAUUUCUCUCUGUCUAAAGUUCAUUAACAUUAAAGUCAGUAUAUCUUUUUCAACGGUAAUCAACUGAUUGCAGUGAAAAAAAAAAAUACAAGAAUCAAACAGUGAA